UGCUGUAGGACUGUAAGAGUGGCAUUUUGGAAACUUCAGACCUGCAUUCAAUAUAGUUCUGCAGUAGCAGUUUCUCAAAAUAGCCAGCAGCCUACCCUCCUACAACAGCAAGACUUUCUGAAGCUAUUUCAAGGAGGGAAAUGGGUGUAACAAACAGUGGGUUUAGGUGCCGUUAUUGGACCUAAAAAGCAGUUUACACAGUAUAUACAUGUACAUGUCUCUUUUUAUAACGUGAUUCUGUAUGGCUAAUGUUAUUCAAGGACUUUCCCAUAUUCAGUGGCUGAGUAGUCUGUAUAUAAUAAGGGAAACACUGAAAGAGUGAAUAACUGAAUAUCAUUUUAGCUUUUUUCACUCUGUUCCGUAAAAUUGGCAUGCUUUAUCUGUGUUGUAUGAGCCAUUAACAGAAUCAUACACUCACAGGCCACUUUAUGAGUGCUAGUACCACGCUGGACCCCCUCUUGCCUUCAGAAUUACUUUAAUUCGUCAUGGUAUAGAUUCAACAAGAGUUGAAACAUUCGUCAGAGAUUUGGUUCAUGUCGACGUGACAGUGUCAUACAGCUGCUGCCGAUUUGUCAGCUGCACCUUCACGAUGCAAAUCUCCCAUCCCACCAUAUCCCAAAGGGACUGUAAACUUAUUGUCAUGUUGAAGAAAGCAGCGUGAGAUGUUAUGAGCUUAGAGACAUGGCACCUUAUCCGGCAGAAAGUGGAUAUGGUCAGCAGCAAUACUCAGGUGGAAUUUGAGGAUGUGAUUGCUGAGCCAGAUGGCAGCCACAGCCUGGAUACUGUGUGGAAGGCCAGCUACACCACCUUCACUGUCUCCAAGUACUGGUGCUACCGGCUGCUGUCUGCCGUCUUCGGCAUCCCCAUGUCCCUGCUGUGGGGCUUUCUGUUUGCCUGCAUCUCCUUCUGCCACAUCUGGGCGGUGGUGCCCUGUAUUAAGAGCUACUUGAUUGAGACACAGUGCCUCAGCCGUGUUUAUGGACUCUGCAUCCACACCUUCUGCGACCCGCUCUGCGAAGCUAUGGGAAAGGUCUUCAGCAACAUCAAAAUGACUCUGCGCAAGGAGGUGUAGAGCGUAUACAGCAGGCCCGGAGCAGCCUUCCAGGAUCACCAAGCACCACCCCAGUACCUCUUUGUAAAUAUACAGAAUAACUCCCAGGUCCAGGACCCCAACUGCUGACUGCUUUCACAGAUUCAUACAGCCUACACGUUUGUUAAAUAGUAAAAUGGAUCAAUGUGCCACAGGACAUUCUCUUUCCUGGGUAACCAAUAUACGCAAUAAUAAUGCAACUCAAGAGAUCUGUUGGUGCAUUUCUCAAUUAAAGUAAAUGUUAUCCCAA